UGUUGCCAUACACGGCGAAUAUUCUUGGGGGUGGUUCCCGUGCGUUUGUUAAUGAAGCGUUGAGGAAGUUGGGCUCACAUCGGUAUCAGGGAGGACUGCGGAGGUUUCGGACAUCGUACUGCGUGACUGUCUGCUGGCCACAGGACCACAAUGAUGGAAGGCGGUGCCUUUGGCGGGGCCAAGAUGGGGGCCGCCUUCGACCCACUGACUUUCGUGCAGCGGCCGCAGGUGGUGCUGCGCGCACUUUGCGUGCUGUUCGCCAUCAUCGUGUUCGGCUGCAUCUCGUCCCAGGGCUGGUACGUAAACAAUGACGGUGUCACCACCUGUCUCUACAACGACAACAGUGGCGCCUGCAACUACGGCACCGGCAUCGCAGUCAUCGCCUUCCUCGCCGCCAUCGCCUUCCUGGUCGGCGAGUUCAUGUUCGACCGGAUGUCGUCUGUGAAGACGCGCAAGCACUACGUCCUUGCGGAUCUUGGCUUCUCGGGCUUCUGGACGUUCCUGUUCUUCGUGUCCUUCUGCCUACUGACUGACUCGUGGAACAAGUCGACCAACGUCCCGGUGGCGGCCUCCAAGAACCCGGUGCAGGCGGCCAUCGCCUUCACAUUCUUCUCCAUCUUCACUUGGGGCGCCGCCGCCUACCUGGCCUACCUGCGCUUCAAGCAGGGCACCGGCAACGAGUUCGCCACCGGGUACGACCAGGAGCCGGCGGCGGGCGCCGGGUACGCCGGCUACCCGGGCGCUAUGGACGGUGCGCCGGAUCAGUCCGGCUACCAGGAGCCGCCCUUCUCCCAGCCGCAGGACGCCGGUCAGAACUUCCAGCCUCCGGCCUACUAGAGGGGUCGGCGAGGUGUGCCGGCUGCGGUCCGGACCACGUCGGGACGAGACUGGACCGGACCGGACUUUGACCGGACUGAUCUGAACAAGGCAGGACCGGACUGGUUCAGAACAUGACGGGGUUUGACUAGGCUAGAGACUGAUUGGGCCGGGAUAAAGGUCAGAUGAACGGCAAUUGACUGCGACGGGACUGAAUGAGACGAAACCGGAUCAAAUCAAAUGAAAUCGAAUCAAAUCGGACCAAACCAGAAAGUUAAGAUCACACCAGACCAGACCAGACCAGACAAGACCAGACCAGACUGAACAAGACCAGACCGGACCAGACCAGACCGGACCGGACCGCACAGGACCGGAUCGACCCGACUUCUGUAACCCGGAAGACAAAGUAACGCAGUGGUGGCGGUGGGCGAUCCCAGCUAUAUAGUUCCGCUGCACGAGUGGGUCGUGUUUUGUAUCGAGAAUGACGAUUAUUUACAUUCAAACAUGUGAUAUCAUUUCCGCAUGUAUUAUAGCCGUGGCGGACGUGUGGUUGAGUUUGUUAAAAAAAAACGCGCAAAUCGUACUGCGUUGUGUUUGCAUCAGGCGUAUCUGACGUUAAUCGUAUUCCUUUGUAAACUCUCCAUGUGCGCUGUCAGUUUGCUGUACUGUAGAUAUGCAUAUCCCACGAAUUCCUAGUCACUAGGCAAGUAAUAAGACCGCUAGUCACGUAGCUGGCCUAGGGUAAUCGCGCGUUGUGUGGGCUUGUUCUAGCCGCGCGCCGGGCGCCGAGGCGGCGUCGCUGUCGCGUGGGCACCUGCACCCCACAGGUGUCCGGAGUGAGGGGCGCGUCCGAUCCCCCCCCCCCCCUUCCCCGCGCCAGGGCCGGCGCCGUUCCCCAGGCUGCGGUGCCGUACGCACUGCGGCGCGCGAUGGGCAAGCGGUGGCAGAUGUCACACCACCGCACUCAGCGGCGGGAAGAACGGUCGCUUCUCUCCAGAUGUGCGCGCAGCUCCGCAGGAGUGGGCUCCACUCCCUCUUCCUGACGUAGAUUCCGAGAUUCCGAUUGCUGGGCUUCGUUGGCCGACCGACGACUCUCGGUCGCCGCAGCUCCUCGCCCCCGAGCAGCCGCUCAGACUCUGGCCCGCGUGUGGCGCGCGCGGCGCCAGCGCGGCGUCGCCCCGCCGCCCGGCCGCGUGCGUUUGUCGGCGUGUUUGUGUGUGCGCUUGCCCGUGUGCGUGUGCCGCCGAAGCCAGCUGGGCGAGUGGCCCCCGAGGGGCGGGGCUCGCGUGCCGCG